AUGAUGAGAAAGCGGACCUUGAAGGUGAUCGACACGUCAUUCGUGUGCUCACCGUGUCCUGUGCGCCUACAACCAGUCAUUGUACCCCUCAUGGUGGUUGUAGUUGCUGCUGGAAAGAGAGACCGACUUUCCAAGGCAUCGGUGGCACGGUCCUAUGUUGCAGCAAGAGGCAGCGGCGGCGGCGGAAUGGGCGGCCUCAUUUCCUCUUCAUCUCCUGAAUGUUUUGGUUACUCGUCGUCUGUGUCGCAUCAGGUUAAGGGGAGCUCCGUGAACUUGGCAUUGGGAACUUUUAACUGCGACCUCGUUGCUAUACAGAUGAGAAAGCGGAACACGACAGUCGACAAUAUCAGGCAAGUCGGCCUUUUCUCUCCACGGGAGUCUGCUCACUGUACUCCCCAGGACAUUGUUCCGUCAUUUUUGGCGUGUGCUCGACGUGUAUUUGGCCUGCCGAAGGAGCUCCCGAUUGACGAGCUUGUUGAAGUGGGACCUGGUAAGUGA